AUGUCAGUAAAACUGGAGGACUACCUCCAACCCUUCCGGGUAGGUAUCGAGACCCUGUAUGAUCUCUCGUGUCGUCUCUCGGAGGCAUAUUCCAAGCUAGCGGAGUCAUCGGAUCACUUCAUUCCGACGGCCAUCACUCAGUUGCCGACGGGUCACGAGACUGGACGAUAUCUCGCGGUGUAUGUGGGGUUGUCGUACCUUCGCGUGGCCUUUAUCGAUCUCUUGGGGGAUCAACAGAUUGAAGGACACGCACGCGUUCGCCGAACGUUAGAGAAGGCAUGGCCCAUCGAGAAACAUUUACGACAGGAUCACUCGGCCGAUCUCUUCACCUGGAUUGGAGACUGCAUUGCGGAAGUCGUGGCAGAUAGGCUGGCAAACCCCAGUGAAGAGCGAAUUGACCAAAUCACCACCGGCAUCUCCUUCUGCCUUCCCAUCAAGCAAGACUCCCUUGAUGAAGCUAUUUUGAUGCCAACAGGAAAGGGGUUUUCUCUAAGUUCAGACCUCAACCUUCGCCAGUCACUGCUGAAUGGGUACGAGCGGCACACAUAUUCCUCGCAUGGGGAUGAUGCCAAUGUCCCUGCGAAACGCCGCAGGCUGUUUUCACUUCCCAAGUUGAAAGUGGCAGUAAUGAUUAAUGAUACAACGGCGACCUUUGCCUCCUUGGCAUAUUUGAUCCCCUCCUUGCCGAACACACGUGUCGUCAUGGGACUAAUUGUGGGCGCGGGCUGCAACACCACGGUGCCCAUGAAGCUGUCUAAUUUGCAUGCAUCUAAAACGAAAUCCAUCCUUGAGAAGCAUCCCAACGCGGAGAAUGCACUCAUAUCCACGGAAUGGACGCUCUCCACGGCCGCUGCGCCUUUCGAUGAACUGGGGAUUCGAACAAAAUGGGACCACCAGUUAGAUCAACAAUGCAAACGACCCGGGUUCCAGCCCAUGGAGUACAUGAUCGGUGGCUCUUACACCGGCGAACUGGUUCGAAUUGUCUGUUGUAACUGGUUCCAGGGAUCUUUGGGCAUCCCACACUCCUCUUUGCCGAAGAAAUUGGUCGAGGAAUAUUCCCUCUCGACAGAUUUCCUCUCUCUGGUUGUCGCUUCCUCUCUAUCCGAUGAACGACUUUCAACCGAGCUUUCCAAGACUCUUAGCCCUCCGCCAGAUAGUGACUGGGCUUGGUCGCCUGAUUCCGCUCGUGCGGUACGUAUGAUCGCCUCGGCGGUGCAAGAUCGAGCCGCUUCGCUGGUUGCAUCUGCAGUGGUCGGUCUUCUCGAUUGUACAAAAGAGGUGAUGCUCAAUCCAAGAGAGACCAAUGGCUAUAAUCGUGCUUCCAGACCGCACGGAAAUGAGAAUACAAACUCGCCAUCAGCUUUGGCAUCCACGCCCUGGAGUAGUGGCCCCGAAGAACUCGCUGUUGCCUUCUCCGGUGGUGUGAUCCAGCAUUAUCCCAAUUAUAAAGAGUCGGUUCAAAGAUGCAUCGAUCGUCUCCUGUUACGCGCUGGUCCGCAAGCAGGUGGGAAAAGUGUGUUCCUCCGAGAGGCUAGUGAUGGUGGUCUCAUUGGGACGGGUGUCCUCGCCGGUACGGCAUCGGGCGAGAUCGGUGAGAUCAAAGUCACUUUAACAUCGACCUGA